CAACGUUUUAAAUACAUACUUAACAUCAUCAUCCUCUUCCCUUCUCUCUCACCCUCUUCUUGUACUGUACUUUACAAAAUCACUCUAUAGAAAAUAAUUUCUUAGAGUCUGGUUAUACAUGGCGCGAUAAACCCCGUUGCGAUUUCGUCAGCAGACGAUCAACUCUAUAUAGCUCGACACUGACAAGCCUAUUCGCAGUACUUGAGGUUUAGAGCUGUUUGAUGCCGAGAUGGCCUUUUUGCGACAAACUUGGACCUUGACGGCCAAGAAUCUCAAAAUUGUCGUACUUCGCCAUUUCGCCGCCACUUUCGCUAGAGCAUUUCUCCUUCCCAUUCUCCUAGCAGCCUUUCUAACAUUUGCGCGAAAUCUAUUCGUGCCCCCGGCUGUGUUCGGGAUCGGAGAGCCUCACGCCGUCAGAUCGCUUCAUGAUGGCCUCAUUGCUGCAGAUGGUACGAAUCGGAAUACGGUAGCUUUUGUAAACAAUGGCCUUUCCGGUGGUGACAUCGAUCGUGUUAUCGACACGCUCUCCAGUGAGGUGACCGGGGCUGGAAAGAAUGCGUCGAGGCUGACAGACAUAUCCGAAUUGGCCUAUGCGUGUCGAAGUUCCCUGCGCGGCGUAUCACCUUGUUACGGCGCUGUAGUCUUCUACUCCUCUCCGACUGAAGGGGAUGGGGCAUUAUGGAACUAUACUCUACGAGCAGAUGGCGCACUCGGUUCCAAGGUCGAUGUCACCCAAACUAAUAAUGCCGGCCAGGUCUACGCCCUCCCAUUACAGCGGGCUGUAGAUUCUGCAAUCGCUGCUCUUUCUGUUACGGAUGGCGGGUCGCAAUUCCCUCCCAUAACAGAGGAGUAUCCAUAUACUCCCGAGACGCCAGAAGAACGUGAAGCGAGAAUUCGACGUAAUUAUCAAUCAUCGUUAACGAACUUCCUUGCUGUAUCCUUCUUCGUGGUUGUUAUCGGCAUCUGCUACCAUAUGACCGGUCAUAUCGCCACUGAAAGAGAAAUAGGCAUGUCUCAGUUACUUGAUGCUACGAUGCCUACAAAGUACCGGUGGCAGGCACAGGUCUCGAGGCUCCUCUCGUAUCAUAUCGCUUUCACUUUAAUAUACCUCCCCGGCUGGGUCAUCGGUUCGAUAAUCAUUGCUAGUGGAGUCUGGGCAAACACAAGCGUUGCUAUCGUACUCAUAUAUUUCAUCCUUGCUGGUAUCGCUUUGGCAUCACUCUCCAUCCUAGGUGCAUCAUUUUUCAAGCGGUCCCAACUCUCGGGUGUGAUGACAACGGUGACAUACAUCCUGCUGGGCAUCCUAGCUCAGACGUUGACAUCACCUAGUACUGCUACAGUCACAGUUCUUAGUUUGCUUUUCACACCUUGUAAUUUUGUUUGGUUCAUGACCUUUAUAGCCAGAUACGAAAGGUAUUCAUUCCCAGCAGACUUAGUAAGAACGCCACCUGAAAAUCCAUGGGACUUACCCGGCAUCGUUUUUUGGGUGUUCCUCAUUAUCCAGAUAAUCGUAUAUCCGAUCCUAGGCGCCUAUCUUGAACGCUUGUUUCACGGGACGACCACGAAGGGUCGCACCAUUCUUCAAGAUCAAACUGCGGAAUCUGCACCACAAGAUGCUGUACGACUUGAUAAGUUCACUAAGGUGUAUAAGCCCAAUCCUUUGAGCCGUUUCCUUCCAUUUAGUUCAGCGCCAAAAGAGCCGGUAGUGGCUGUGGAUAACCUGACCCUCACCGCAAGAAGGGGACAGAUUCUGGCUCUACUUGGUGCCAAUGGUAGCGGAAAGAGUACAACACUUGAUUCCAUUGCUGGCAUCAGCAAGCUAAGUAGCGGCGGUAUCACGAUUGAUGGAACCGGCGGUUUGGGCAUCGCACCGCAAAAGAACGUAUUAUGGGAUGAACUGACUGUUGAGGAACACAUCAAAAUCUUCAAUCGAUUAAAGUCGCCUAAGAAUACUGCAUCUAAACAAGAUAUUAAAGAUUUAGUUGUGGCCGUGGACCUUGGGCCAAAAAUCAAAGCCAUGUCCAAGACGCUUUCGGGUGGUCAGAAACGGAAGCUUCAGCUUGGAAUGAUGCUUACUGGUGGAAGUGCCGUCUGUUGUGUCGACGAGGUCUCGUCCGGAAUUGACCCUCUUUCUAGACGCAAGAUUUGGGACAUCCUCCUAGCUGAGCGUGGCAAACGAACAAUUAUACUCACAACCCAUUUCCUCGACGAAGCCGAUCUACUCGCAGACCAUAUCGCUAUUCUCUCCAAGGGCACGCUAAGAGCCGAAGGAUCCUCGGUGGAACUCAAGGACAGAUUAGGUGCCGGAUAUCGAGUCCAUGUCUUCAACGCUAGGGAGAUCAAGAAUCCUCCAGACGUGGAAAAUGUUACUCGCACGAUAGGCUUCGAUGUCAUAAGCUAUAUUGCACCAUCCUCUAGCCUUGCUGCAGAAGUCAUACGCUCUCUAGAAGCUGCGGGAAUCAGUGAUUAUAAGUUCUCCAACCCGACUAUCGAAGAUGUGUUCCUUCAGGUGGCCGAGGAAGUCAAAGGCGAGAGUGCUGCAGUACCAGCACAUACUUCAUAUUCUACUAAAGCGGACAAUGAUAAGCAAGCUACCCCUGAAGAGGAACUCAGGGGUGCUGAGCUUGAGAAAGACGGGCUAGAAUUGCUAUCCGGGCGGCCAGUUGGUUUUAUGAGGCAGAUGGUGGUUCUAUUCAUGAAGCGAUGCACUAUAUUCAAAAGCAACUGGGUUCCAUACCUGCUAGCUUUUCUCAUCCCGAUCAUAGCGGCAGCUUUAACCUCUCUCUAUGUCACCGAUCAGCACCCUGUUGGGUGCAGCCCAGCCAACCAAAACGCGCCCGACACAUCAGGCUAUUCUAAUCUAUACAAUGACUUAUUUUUAGUAGCUGGUCCAUCUUCGCAAUUCAGUCAGUCUACUUUGCAAAGACUUUUCCUCCCAAUCUACCAAGGCCAAAAUCAGUCUGGAUCCGACAACGGGAGUGGAGGUGGCUCGAGUCUGAAUGCUACCUAUCUUCUUCAGAGUCUACACUUGGUUGACACUCUAGAUGAGUUCAAUACCUUUGUCGAGCAAGGGCGAAAGGAUGUCAAACCAGCUGGAUGGUGGCUGGGAGAUGCUAAUUCACUGCCUACCCUCACAUACGAGGCAGAUGCUGGAGACAUAUUCACCUCCGUCUUUGGCCAAAAUGCUCUCGAUAUCAUGUUGGCGAACACGAGCAUCGCGGCGAAUUAUGCACCCUUUGAUAUACCUUGGGCACCAUCUACUGGCGAUUCAUUGCAGCUAUUGAUAUACUUUUGUCUGGCUCUUUCCAUCUCUCCCGCCUUCUUCGGGCUCUAUCCAAAUAUCGAGAGGAGGCGGAACGUCCGCGGCCUACAAUAUUCAAAUGGAGUGCGUUCCCUUCCGCUCUGGGUGUCUUACACAGUAUUCGACUUCGCAUUCAUCCUGGUUUCCUCUGCAAUCGUGACUGCCAUAUUUGCUGCAUCGUCAGAUGUCUGGUACAAUGUUUCGUAUCUCUUCCUCAUAUUUAUCCUUUAUGGGUUGGCAUCGAUCCUGCUAUCAUAUGUAAUCUCCCUAUUCUGCGGGAAUCAGUUAUCGACAUAUGCCUUCUCCGCAGCUGGCCAAGCCAUUGGCUUUUUGAUUUAUUUGAUCGCAUACUUGUGUGUCAUCACAUAUGCGUCAGUCACCACCGUUGAUCAGUCUAUUCUUAUCGCACAUUUCGUGAUCUCGGCCGUCCUACCUAUCGGGUCCGUGGUUCGAACUAUGUUCGUCACCCUCAAUCUUUUCUCGAUGACCUGCGACGGAGAUCAAAUUCAGAGCAACCCUGGUGCUCUGACUGCCUACGGAGGUCCGAUUCUUUACCUGAUCGUGCAAGCGGUGCUUUUGUUUGGGUUUAUAUUAUGGCAUGACAGCGGAGCUGGGCGCAGUAUUAUCAACCGUAUAACGCAAAAGGCACACACAACGCCUGAAGACCCAACGGCUUCGGAUGAGGAGAUUGCUAAUGAGCUCGUUCGUGUAACUAGCACUGCGCAGGAAAGCGACGGUCUCCGUCUAUUACAUCUAACCAAGUCAUUCGGCAAAAAUACUGCUGUUGACAAUGUCACGUUUGGUGUUCAGCACGGAGAAGUGUUUGCUCUACUGGGCCCCAACGGCGCCGGCAAGUCCACGACGAUCUCGUUGAUUCGCGGUGAUAUCCAACCCAGUCGCAACGGGGGCGACGUUCUCGUGGAGAACACUUCUGUCAGCCGUCGUCGUGCUGAGGCCCGAGCUCACCUAGGUGUAUGCCCUCAAUUUGAUGCAAUCGAUUCGAUGACGGUUCUUGAACAUCUCCGUUUCUACGCGCGCAUCCGAGGUGUCCCAGAUAUCGAGCACAACGUGCAAGCCGUUAUCCACGCCGUGGGCCUCGAGGCCUUCUCGACCCGUAUGGCGCACGCGCUCUCUGGCGGGAAUAAGAGGAAACUGUCCCUUGGCAUCGCGCUCAUGGGUAACCCCAGCGUCGUCCUCCUCGACGAACCCUCCUCGGGACUGGACGCAGCGGCCAAGCGGGUCAUGUGGCGCACACUUCACUCCAUCGUACCCGGUCGGUCCAUUCUUCUCACGACGCACAGCAUGGAGGAGGCCGAUGCGCUCGCCAACCGUGCUGGUAUUCUAGCCAAGCGCAUGCUGGCCAUGGGCACGACGGACAACCUGCGCCAGCGUUUCGGCGACGCGCUGCACGUUCACCUCGUCAGCAACUCAGCACCGCACUCCACAGUCGAAGAGAUGCAGCGGCUGCGAUGCUGGGUUGUAGAAACCUGGCCCGCAGCCCAGGUUGAGCAGAAGACGUAUCAUGGGCAGAUGCGGUUUUCCGUGCCGGCGAGCGCGGUCACCGAAAAAGCUGGUAGCAACAGUGGCAGCGCCGUAGGCCAACUGAUCCUGGUCCUUGAGGCUCAUAAAAAAGAGUUGGGCAUCGAACACUUCUCGUGCACGCCGACGACACUAGAUCAGGUGUUCUUGACGAUUGUAGGGAAACACAAUGUCCAGGAGGAGGGGUACGAGGAGAAGAAAAAGAAGGCUUGGUGGAAGAGAGGUUGGUAGACAGGAUUGUACGUGAUAACUAACAUGAUAUGGGAUUUCUUUGCAAUUUUUAACGGGGGUGUGAGCGGGCAUAUGCAUCGUCAUGUAUAGUGGGCGCCUUGGUAUAUACCUGUUUGUAUCUAGGAAUUUUAGAUCAUGGGUAUAGAUGGUAUAUAUAUAUAUAUAACAGUAGAGGCGGGUUGGGUUGGUAUCACGCAUCACCUACUUGAUAUGUUGGUACGAAGUAUGGAUGGAUUGUAUGAAUACCUAUAGGUAGAAAGUAGACGAUAGAUACCUCAAUACUCAAUUCUCAUAGAUCUACACAUGUGUGCAGUUCCGAGUGUGUAUGUAUGAUGUCUGAUAAAUGCAGCCUCAGAAGUACAUAGAAAACAUUAAUUAGCGUUGCGUCUCGCCCGUUAUUUUACUCGGAGCGUUUCGUUUGUGCUGACUGACAGACAGUGCUUCAAUUGCAGCCGGAAAACAAAGUUUUAAACUCCCCGAAAAUAACUAAAUAGCCGUUAACUAAACGAACCAACCAAUAACUACCAAAUCAAUCAACACCACGAUAAACAAAC